CUCCUUGUGUUCACAACACAACAUAACUUCCCUUUCUCCCCUUCUCUCAAACCACACUGCUCUCGGUCCUGUCUCUGUUUUGUUUGUUUGUUUUUGCAUACAAACAAAUCUUAUCGUUUGUUGCUAUUAUAGCAUGACCGAUAUCCUUCCAAAACAACAACUUUUCCUGAGAAAAAAAACCAAAUAUCAGUUUCUUCUUGUUUUAUAAAACCCUAAAGAAAAAAGACCAUGGCAUCGCCUUCUGGACUUACCCUUGACUGCAAACCCCACAGUUAUUCUAUGCUGUUGAAAUCAUUUGGAGAUCAGCAGGUUGAUCAAACCCAGAAGCUUGAAGAUUUCCUUUCUCGUCUCGAGGAAGAACGCCUUAAGAUCGAUGCUUUCAAGCGUGAGCUUCCCUAUUGCAUGCAACUUCUCACCAAUGCUGUGGAAGCUUCAAGGCAGCAGCUACAUGCAUGCCGAGCGAAUCAAGGAUCAAGGGCGGUUCUUGAAGAAUUCAUGCCCCUAAAAAACUCCAGCUCCGAGAACUCAGACAUAUCGCAAAACAUAUCAGAUAAAGCAAACUGGAUGACGAGUGCACAAUUAUGGAGCCAAGAGGGAAACAAAACGAAACCACAACCCACAAUCACAUCCCCUGAAGAAACCGAUAUUGGUUUUAAUGUUACUCCCAAGCUGGCCUUAGAUACCAAGCAGAGAAAUGGAGGAGCUUUCCUUCCAUUCUCCAAAGACCCAAACUCGUGCCCUGGUUCGACUUUACACGCUCUUCCGGAGCUAGCUCUUACAUCUGUCGAUAAUGAUAUGGAAGACAAGAAAUGCUUGAGUGAUAGUGAUUGUCAACGGAGAGAGAACACUGGCAAAGAAACCAUGCCUAACGCAGCUGAUGUGCAAACAACCAAUAAUAACGCUACUACAAAUGGUAGUCAACCUCAUAGGAAGGCUAGGCGGUGCUGGUCACCUGAUAUGCGUAGGAGAUUUGUCAAUUCUCUCCAGAUGCUUGGAGGUUCUCAAGCUGCCUCACCAAAACAGAUAAGGGAGCAGAUGAAGGUUGAAGGUUUGACCAAUGAUGAAGUGAAAAUUCAUCUACAGAAAUAUAGGCUGCAUACGAGGAGACCAAGCCCAAGUCCGCAAGCGCCAGGAGCCCCAACACAGCAGGUUGUAGUCCUUGGUGGUAUCUGGGUUCCUCCAGAGUAUGCCACUGCCGCAGCAGCCGCUCACGGUGGGGCAUCCACUCUUUAUGGCGCUCACCACCCGGUUGCUUCCCAUGCACCUCCUCACUACUGUGCAUCACCUGUGACCCAAGAAUUCUACACUACGGCGGCCUCUGGAACACCAGUUCUAAAUCCUCCCCAGCUGCACCACCACACCCUCCAGCAUCAACUCCACAUGUUCAAGGCCACCUCACAGGCCCAUAGCCUACCGGAGCCCUACCUGAGGGGAGGAGGAGACCGAUCCGAGAGCAUUGAGGAUGGGAAAUCUGAGAGCAGCAGCUGGAUAAGUAAAAAAAUACACUGCUUGCUGCGCACAGGUGUCUAA